AUGAGUGACAUCAAAUCGUAUUGCAACGAAGAGUUAGGUCCAUUGCCAACAAAGGCACCAACCUUGGCAAAGAAUGUACUUGAUCUAUUUUCACUCAAGGGCAAAGUUGCAUCAAUAACUGGCUCAUCUGGAGGUAUUGGUUGGGCAGUAGCUGAAGCUUUUGCUCAAGCCGGUGCGGACGUGGCUAUUUGGUACAAUUCACAUCCUGCAGAUGAGAAAGCUGAAUACUUGCAAAAGACGUAUGGUGUGAAAUCAAAGGCUUAUAAAUGUAACAUUGGCGACUCAAACAGUGUUGAAGAGACUAUUUCUCAACAGGAGAAAGAUUUUGGGACCAUUGAUGUGUUUGUUGCCAAUGCGGGUGUUCCUUGGACUGAAGGACCCGAGAUCAACGUUGAUAACUAUGACUCAUGGAACAAAAUCAUCAAUCUUGAUUUGAACGGUGUAUACUACUGUGCCCACACUGUUGGUAAAAUAUUCAAAAAGAAUGGAAAAGGUUCAUUGAUUAUUACUUCUUCCAUGUCUGGUACCAUUGUCAACGUCCCUCAAUUGCAAGCUGCGUACAAUGCCGCAAAAGCUGCCUGUACUCAUUUAACAAAAUCGUUGGCUGUCGAAUGGGCGCCAUUUGCUAGAGUGAAUGCCGUCUCUCCAGGUUAUAUUGCCACUGAGAUCUCUGACUUUGUUGAGAAAGACAUGAAGGCCAAAUGGUGGCAAUUGACCCCAUUGGGAAGGGAAGGAUUGGCACAAGAGUUGGUGGGAGCCUACUUGUACUUGGCAUCCAAUGCAUCAACAUACACGACUGGUGCCAACCUCGCCGUCGAUGGUGGCUACACUUGUCCAUAG